UUUCCAGAAAGGCAAGCUCCAUCAAAAUAUGGCUGCCUUCACACCCCUCUUCAUCUGUGGGGUGUGUGCAUUGCUUUUAUCAGCUGCGCUCUAUGUUUUAAAAGUUUUUAAGCAAUCAGCUUUAAAUUUGCCUCCCGGUCCGUUUCCUCUUCCGAUCAUUGGCAACCUGCAUUUGCUGGACAUCAGAAGGCAAGACAAGUCACUAAUGAAGCUUUCAGAGAAAUAUGGCCCCGUGUUCACCGUCCAUUUGGGGUUUCAGAAGGUGGUGGUGCUGACUGGCUACGAGGCAGUAAAGGAUGCCCUUCUGAACACGGGGGAUGUGUUUGCGGACAGACCAGCAAUACCCAUAUUCUAUCACAUCCAACAUGGAAACGGUGUUUUCUUUUCUUCUCAAGAGCUCUGGAAGACGACACGGCGGUUCACCAUAGCCACCAUGCGGGACCUUGGCAUGGGGAAGCAUCUUGGAGAAGAAAGGAUGCUUGAGGAGCUUCACUUUCUCGUUGAGUUGAUCAAAUCCUUCAAAGGUGGACCUUUCCAAUUACGAUGUUUGAAUAUGGCACCCACCAACAUCACCUUUGCUAUUCUCUUUGAGAGAAGAUUUGAUUAUGAAGACCCAACGUUUCUCAUUCUGUUAAGACUCAUAGAUGAAGUUAUGCACCUUCUUGGCUCUCCAUUCUUGCAU